AUGGAUUGUGACAGCAAAGAAAUUUUUGGUUCUGGAACUAAUGAUGACGAACCCAAAUAUGAUUCUGAUGUGUCUAAUGGCUCUAGCUGUGCUUUGGAUGAAUGCGCUGCUGAUAUAUUAAGUGGUGAUACUCCAGUAAAUCUUUUGACAGAACUAUUUCAAGGAUGUACCCCUACCGAAUAUUAUCUAUAUAUAAGAUUUUCGGAAUAUCUUCACGUUAUUGAAAAUAUUUUGAAGGAAUUGUUGAGGCAAAUCUCAGUGCAAAAUGAUGAUGAGGAGGCAAAUAAAAACCUAAGUGAAAUAUUUGCAAAACUAAGUUCUGAUGUUGAAAAGUUCCGUACUGAAUAUGAGCCAUCUUUAAUAUUACUAAAUGAAACACAUGCCGUGUUAAUACAGCAAGGGUUUAAUAAAAUUAAAGAUAUCUAUGCUGAUAUACGAACCACAUUGUAUGAUAGAACCAAUUUAAGCUUACUUUCAGCGGAUGAGGAUAUGAAUGAUGAAGAAGUUGAAGACAUCAAACACUGGACAACAGUUGAACGCAUCAGAGAGCAUAUUGUUAUGAGUCGUGCUGAGGUCAAUGGUAAAAGGAUUGAAUUAGCAAAUAUAAAAUCUUCCAUAAUUGAAAUUCAGGGUAAUCCCUUAUCUCUUUAUAUGGAAAAUAUUAGAGAUUGUCUGAUCUAUUGCGGUCCGUGUACAAAUACUAUCAAUGUAAGAAAAUCUUAUGAUACCACCAUGGCAUUGGCUUGUAAGCAAUUACAGCUUAUGGAGGUCCGAAAUUGUCAGAUAUAUGCUCAUGUCACCAACAAUAUUACACUUGAGCAUUGCUUCGAAAUUACUAUAGGGGGAUAUAGUUACUACUAUCCUCAAUAUGAGGUUGAUGUGGAAGCGUCUAAGCUUGAUUUUGAUUGUAACAAUAACACAGAAGUAGCUGAUUUUUCUUGGUUAAUUAAAUGCGUUCGUUCCCCAAAUUGGUCAUUUAUGGCUAAUAUGGAUUCACUUUGCUGGCAAGAACUCAGAGCAAAAACCAUUGGUUUCGUUGCUAAGGAACAUAUUCUAGAAGAUUACUGA